CAAAAAAAUUGAGUUUACAGCGGUUAACUUAGAAUAUGUUUACAAGAUAGGCGUGCGCCUAAUGGCUCUAAAAAUAUCAUUUAAGGGUCAUACUCAGAAAAUAUGUCUGCGGUGGCGUCUAAUUCUCACAACUCUUUUCAUACAUUUUGUAUGGGGCGCGGCACUUAUAGCGGAGACAUAUUAUUUAAGAAUUACCGUUAAAUCAUUGUUUUCACUAAAGAUAAAUUUGACAGGUGUCAUCUCAUAAUCCUCGCUAAUUAUGUCCGAAGGCCGGAGAAGGAGAGAGGCUAAAAGCUUAGUAUAAAAGCGUUAAUAAUAUGUGCAGAUUAUCAAACAAUCGUGUCGUCUCCGCGAGCCAACAUGAAAGCAUUUUUGGUAUUUGCUGCCGUAGCAGCCAUCGGCUCGGCCAGACCCGAGGCGGGCUACUCCUAUAACGCUCCUGGCGGCGGAGGGUUCUCUUCUGGCAAUCUCUUCAGUGGAUUCUCCUCUGGCGGAUUUUCAGGCGGCAGCAGCUUCGGCAGUGGAAGCAGUGGCGGUGGAUUCUCCUCUGUCAGCAGCGGUUUCGGCGGUGGUUUCGGCGGCGGAAGCAUCGGCAGCAGCGGAUUCUCAGGAAGUUUUGGUAGUGGCAGCAUUGGCGGUGGAUAUGGCGGAUCCGGCUUCGGCGGAGGUGCUCUCAUCCAAAAACAUAUCUACGUCCACGUGCCACCCCCAGAGCCUGAAGUCCAGCGGCCUCAGAUCUUAAGCGGAGGCAUCCCCCAGAAACACUAUAAAAUUAUCUUCAUCAAGGCUCCGUCCCCGCCUGCGCCUAUUACACCUGUUAUCCCAGCUCAAGCUCAGAACGAAGAGAAGACGAUUGUAUAUGUGUUGGUUAAGAAACCUGAAGAACAGGGCCAUAUUACUAUACCUACUCCCGAACCUACUCAGCCCUCAAAGCCUGAGGUAUACUUCAUUAAGUAUAAGGCUCAUAAGGAAGGCGGUGGUAUUGGGGGUGGAUCUAUCGGAGGCAUCGGAGGUGGAUCUAUUGGAGGUGGCAUUUCUGGUGGUAGCAUUGGCGGUGGUCAUAUUUCUGGAGGAUCUGUCAGCUCUGCUUAUGGAGCCCCUGCACAAUCCGGCUCAUACUGAGUUUAGCUUAUCGAGCCCCCAGCCAGUAAGGCUCACCUAAAUUUAAGUCGCCGUGCCUGUUCGUUACCAAUGUGAUUAAUAUAGAUGUUUAUAAGGCAUAAAUCUAAAACGAUUAACUUUAGAAGAUUUAAUUCGAUUAGCCAAUCAAACCAUAGUAUGACUAGUCAAUUCGAUUAAUCCGAUCACCGAUUGCCAUCUUUCAUUGCCAGCGAAUUAGUUUUAAGAACCAUAGUCAAAAGUAUACUAUACUCUGUAGCUUUUAUUUAAAUAAAAGUAAACAAACAAUUUGUACAUUUUCGGGUAGUUAUAACAUUUAUUGGUUAACCAGCCAAAUACAAAACCGCCUGGAUCUGUCACUGAACGACCUGACUUUAACCUACAUUAUUUGAUCAUGUAAUGUUUUCAUCUACCCUCAACUGGCUUAAGGAGUCAUUUUGAGGGUAGAUUUUGUUUACUUUUAUUUAAAUACCUAAAGAUACAGAUAAUAAGACACAGUACUGCAAAUAUUUUCGCCGCCAUUUUUGUUAGCUUCAGCAGAACUGUUCGCCCCAUUUGUGUGUUUGGUGUUGUUUUCAACUGAUAAAAGUGCAUUCACACUGCAGUCAACAUUUGUAAAGCAAC